AGUUUACGGUCUCACGCUGUGAAAUUCGUGGCUAUUAGUUUGACAUUCGUUUCACAUUGUAAAUUAGGAUGUAUGAAAAUACUAAUUGUAAAUAUAAUUCAGCGUUUUGAAUGCUUACGAAGAAAUGGGGAGCCUAUGCAACUUAACGAUAUUUUGAAUCUGGAUUUGUAUUUCGGUCCAAGAGACAAAUUUAUACGUAAAUAUAUUUCUAACCUCAAAAUCAGUCCAAUUAUUUCACUUACAGAAUAAAAACUGGGAUAUAGCAAGGUUUAGUCACCAUGCGAAGCCGCAGCAACUCCGGAGUCCGUUUGGACUACUAUCAGCGUGUGGUUCAUAAAAUAAUUAUGGACCAUCAAAAUCCAGUUACCGGCCUUUUUCCGGCGAGUGCUGACAAUAAUCAUGCGUGGAUACGGGACAACAUCUAUUGCAUAUUAGCAGUCUGGGGUCUUUCAAUGGCAUAUAAAAAAAUAGCUGAUGCCGACGAGGAUAGGGCCAAAACUUACGAGUUAGAGCAAAGCUGUGUAAAAUUGAUGCGUGGUUUGUUGAUGGCCAUGAUGCAGCAAAAGGAUAAAGUUGAAAAAUUCAAAACAACUCAAAAUCCACAUGACGCUUUGCAUGCCAAGUAUAGUUCGGUCAAUGGUCAAACUGUCGUUGGGGAUGCGGAAUGGGGACACCUUCAAAUUGAUGCUAUUUCUCUGUAUUUGUUGAUUCUUGCUCAGAUGACUGCAUCCGGAUUACAAAUUGUUUUCAAUUUAGAUGAGGUCGCUUUCAUACAGAAUUUAGUAUUUUACAUUGAAUCCGCUUAUUGCACUCCGGAUUACGGGGUCUGGGAACGAGGAGAUAAAACUAACCAUGGACUACCGGAGCUUAAUGCUAGCAGCAUAGGAAUGGCCAAGGCUGCGCUCGAAGCUAUGAAUGAACUAGAUUUGUUCGGUGCUCGGGGUGGUCCAACUUCCGUUAUUCACGUAUUGGCUGAUGAGGCACAAAAAUGUCAGGCUGUGUUACAAUCUAUGUUGCCAAGAGAAUCUAAUUCAAAGGAACUCGACAGUGGUCUCUUAUCCAUCAUAAGUUUCCCAGCUUUUGCUGUUGACGAACCUAAUCUUAUCGAGUUAACUAGGAGUGCUAUUGUCAAAAAGUUGCAAGGUAAAUACGGUUGCAAGAGGUUUCUCAGAGAUGGUCACAGGACUCCCAAAGAAGAUCCUAAUCGCCUAUAUUACGAACCAUGGGAACUCCGGAUGUUUGAGAAUAUAGAAUGUGAAUGGCCUUUGUUCUUCUGCUACUUGAUUCUUGACUUUUGCUUUCAAGGCAAUAAGGACGCAGUUGCAAAAUAUACAGAAUAUCUUGAGGCAAUUAUGAUUAAAACUGAGGACGGGAUGAAAUUAGUUCCAGAAUUAUAUACCGUACCAGCCAAUAAGGUAGCUGCUGAAUAUGCGGAUCCUGGUAGCCAAGAAAGAGAGGCAAUAGGUAGAUGUCCUUUCAUGUGGGCACAAUCAUUGUACAUUCUAGGAAAACUUUUACAAGAGGGUUUCUUGGCAGUUGGAGAGCUAGAUCCAUUAAACAGACGUUUGUGCAGUGAAAAGAAACCGGAUGUUGUUGUACAAGUAGUUAUACUCGCAGAAGAUGCUGAAAUACGCGAAAAAAUUGCACAACACGAUAUCCAUGUUCAAACAAUCGCGGAAGUAGCACCAAUCGAAGUACAGCCUGCCAAAGUCCUCAGUCAUUUGUACACUUAUCUAGGACGUAAUAAAAAAUUAGGUUUAUCAGGGCGAAAAUCGAGGGAUGUGGGAAUACUCAGUACGAGCAAAUUAUACUCUUUACAUGACAAAAUAUUUGCGUUUACACCACAAUUGACGGACAUGACACGGUUCUACAUCGCAUCGGACUAUGAGCUCAUGAUUGACAUAUUCAAAGGCGAAAUAAAUUUCUUGAAGUCUAGCUGGCAGAACAUGUUAGGCCGGCCGCUGGUGGUGAUGCCGCUCAAGAACGCUCACUUAGAUCAAGGGAAAAUUCCCUUGGCCAUGAUCACUACAAUGAAAAAAUUAAAGAGUGGCUAUAUCAAUGGAACUCGAGUAUCCCUGGGAAAUUUAAACGAAUUCUUGAGUACCUCUUGUAUCACCAAUUUAAGCUUCUUGGGUAGCUCAGAGGAAGGGAGACCUGAUAAAUUGAAUCCCCAGGUUCAACAAUACCUGGAGGAUCACUUAUUACGCGCCUUUCCGCAACGUUCUGGCCUUCUUAAUCGGCCUGUUGCUCGGAGUGGACGAAAUCUUAGACGCAAAAUGUCUGUUAAGGGCGCUAUAAAGAAAACUAGAUCCAUAGCGGUAGAACUGGUUCCUAUAAGUCUCCAAGAGCCUGAAAGUCUCGGAAUGUCUGGAGAUGAUCGUAGAAUUUCCGUGGGCUACUCGUCCAAUCCAUUUAUCGAGAUAACAGAUACGACAACAGCAAAGCAGCCCUCUCCUCCACCAGUAAUCGUAACUCGUACACCGUCACCAACUGAUGACCUGUUGCCAUGGAAGCAAUCCGCCAAGUCGCAUAGACACAGAUUAGCAUCUGAAACACAAUACGCUGAUACCGAAGUGGAAGAGUUGUUAGCAAUGUUAAGGGAAACUGAAAGUUUAGAAGAGCAGGGAGACAUUCUGCAAUAUUUGGUUGAUUCACAAGGAUUACAUUACGACACUGGUAUGCUUGAGGAGGGGCGUCACGUUACUGUUAAAGACUUGCUUAAAGGAUUAUAUCAAAAGGCUUGCCAGCAAAAAAUGUGGGGUAUUGUAAGGCACACAGCUGGUAUGCUAGGAAAACGCGUUGAAGAUCUAGCCAAGGCUGUUACUGACUUGCUAGUACGUCAAAAGCAAGUGACAGUUGGCAUGCCACCUUCGAAUGAGUAUACUAUCGUCGCACCUUUGCCAGAAAACGAAUUGAGAUCUCUGAUUCACCAAGCUUAUGGUGAUGAUGAAUCCACCGCCAUGUUGACCCAGGAGCUACUUGUUUACUUGGCAAUGUUUAUUAGGACUGAGCCUCAACUAUUUCACGAAAUGUUGAGGCUUAGGGUUGGAUUGAUUAUUCAAGUUAUGGCCACUGAACUUUCUCGAACAUUAAUUUGUACUGGAGAGGAAGCAUCUGAACAUUUACUGAACUUAUCUCCAUUUGAAAUGAAAAAUUUGUUACAUCAUAUUAUGAGUGGCAAGGAAUUCGCCAUAAGUAGCGUUGGACGUGGAAACUUCUCUGUCAUUAGCUGUAAAUCUGGCAGAGUUAGCAGGAAAUCUCAAAUUGGUUCUUUUCUGGGAGUCGACCAAACGGAUGGCGGUGAAUUAGAGCCUGAUAGACAAGGUCAAUGGUUGCGAAGACGGAGGCUGGAUGGAGCCUUGAACAGAGUACCUAGAGAUUUUUAUCCUCGUGUAUGGGGGGUGCUUGAAAGAUGUCAAGGUCUGGCUAUCGAGGGCAGAGUUCUUCCGCAGAAUUUAACGCAAGAAAUGACACCCGGAGAAUUAAAAUUCGCACUAGCUGUCGAAACUGUUCUUAAUACUAUACCACAACCAGAAUAUCGUCAGCUAGUAGUGGAGGCUCUAAUGGUUCUCACUUUAGUUACUGAAUACAAUGUUGUAGCUUCGCUAGGCGGGCUUAUUGCCGUAGAACAUUUAGUGCAUAAAGCAAAUGCCAUAUUUUUGGAGGAUCAGAUGAACGCAGAUGGUGACGCAACACUCUGUUGCGCUAAGCCAAAAGAGCAGCGUGAGACGACUGCAACAGGAGGCUUACUUUGUGGCGGUGCUGCUUAUGUCUGUCAACAUUUUUAUGAUAGUGCGCCAAGCGGCAGUUACGGAACCAUGACAUAUAUUACAAGGGCUAUAGCUUCUUUAUUGAAUUGUCUACCAAAAGAUGGGGACCUAGAAUGUUCAGUGUCAUAGAUACAUUAUUACCUAUUAUUGUUAUUAUAUUAGUUUUGUCACGACUUUCCAAAGAGAGGACUCUGUAUUGACUAUGGUAUAUAAAAGACGUAGUUGAUAA